AUGCCAAAAAUGUUGCAGCUGAAGACAAGGUACGGCGGCACCCGCGUCCUGACGAUAACGACGGCGGCGGAGCACGAGGAGGUGGUGGCCCGGCUGAUCGCCGGGCUGUCGCCGAGCGCGGUGAAGAUCUACGGCAUGUCAGGGACGCAGAAGUUCGAGCUGCCGAAGCGGGAGGUGAGGCUGGACGUCGUGUUCGGCGCGGUGGAGGCGGCGAGGGCCAUGUUCCCCGUGCAUGGGUGGGGCGUGGCGGACACCACGCUGGAGGACGUCUUCAUCCGGGUCGCCAAGGACGCCCGCGCCUUCGAUGUCCUCUCGUAG